AUGGAUCAAUUGAACUCAACCAUCACUUCAGAGUCCGAUGCAGAUUUGAUUGCAACAAUAAAUAAUGUUACACUCCAACUCAUUCGUUACUUUUCAAUUUUUAUCUUUCUUUUUGGUUCAAUUGGAAAUAUUCUCAAUGUUUUAAUUUUGUCCCAAAGAUCAUUCCGUCCUAAUCCAUGUGCUGUACUUUUUCUAUUCUCAUCGGUGGUAGAUUUUCUUGCUAUCUUGUCUGGUCUUCUUUCACGAAUAUUAUCUGGUUGGGGAGCUGAUCUAACAGCAACAAGUCGAUUUUUUUGCAAGCUUCGUGGUUUUGUUGUUAAUACUGCAAGACCAGUGGCGAUUUGGUAUAUACUUUUCGCUAUGAUUGAUCGAUGGCUUCUGUCAAGUCUUAAAUUACAUCGUCGACAGAUGAGCUCAUUGAAGAAUGCUAAACGAGCUAUGAUUAUUAGUCUCAUUUUAGCUACUAUGAUUUUUUCACAUGUUAUCUAUUGUCAUGAGCCAAAUCGUAUUAAUGCUCCACAGAAAUGUUAUGGUAUAACAAUAGCAUGA